GAAAUGACUUCCGGUUGUGUCUUGUAUUAUUUGACGAAGCUUAUUCCAAUGGAAACCUUCGUCGCAACCCAAAGGAAACAAUUGGCUGCGAUUUACUUAACAUAUAGUACAUUUUUACCCUCACCAUAGUCCCAAACUCCACCGAGGUGUGUUUGCAGGGUUGUCUGCGGUGUUUCAGUCGCGGCCCGCGCGGCCUCGUUGAUGCUGGGCCGGAUCAGAGAAGCAGGCCUGCGGUCGGAUGCGAGUUAAGCGGCUCUCUGGUCUGCUUUGUCCCGAUUGGCCCUUUAGCUCACCGAAAAAUAUGAGCCAGACUCAACAAUGACAUCCAGAUUUGGUAAAACCUACAGCCGCAAGGGAGGCGAGGGCACGUCCAAGUUUGAUGAAGUCCUGUCCACCAAGAGGGGCACCCUGAGCACCAAAUGGGGGGACACCACCUACAAGGCCAAGGUGGGCUCCAAGCGCUCCGGCGCUCAUUACAGCGCUUCAGCCUCGGAUGUUCACAAGCGAGCCCGGCCGAGCGGAGACGGCUCGGACGAUCCGUUUGGAUUCGACAGCGAUGAGGAGUCCAAGCCGGUGUCGUCCCGCAGCAGCAAGUCGUCACCUGCCAAGGCGGUGCCGGCAGAACCUCCUAGAGCGGAAAAGCUGGGGGUUUCCCAGGACUUCAGGAGCUGGUCCAACUUUCACGAAGGACUCCACGCCGCCGCGGAAGCGACGCAAGGGCCGGCCAGGAACCAAUCUGGGCUGACAGAGGAUUCAAGUGGAUUCUUCAACAGCAGAAAUGCGAGCAAAGCAGGAAAAUUCCAGAAUUCGUCUUCAGCGAAGCAUCACAGCUACUCCUGGUACCAGAACGCCUCCGAGAGCGACCAGAAGCCUUUGGCCCAAACCACCACCUUGAAGACCACUUCCAAGGCCGAGUGCACCUUCAGCUCAUGGGACGACCUCAUGGGCCUUCGACCGCCUUCGCCCAGCCAGGAGCCGCGUAACCCCGCCCCCUCACUCUCUUGGACUUCAGCGGGCGGCGUCGGCGGCUGCGAGCUGGCGAACAGCCUUCACGAGAAGCCGCCCUCGCCGCCGCGACUCCCCACAGAGAGCCAGGAUCUGGACAGCAACUUAGAAUUUGGCUUUGAGACGUCUGAUUAUUCCCAGACGGCGUCGCCUUCGCUCGUCAGGAACACAAACUGUCGGACGUACAGGAGGCCCGGCAAGCAGGCCUCCUCCAAAGCGGUGGACUCUGGCACCUUUGCUAGCGCCAUUUUGGCUUCAGAUGCGCCAACGUCAAGCAGCGUGAGCAAGACAGCGGCGGGUCGUGGCGGAGGCCGUGCCAGGACGAGGGACUACACCGUGCUCCACCCCUCCUCCGUUUCCAUUUGCAACGUCACCAUUCAGGGGAGCAGCGUGGAGGAUGCGGCGCCCUCUGUCGCUAGCGGUACGGGCACCGGCCGUGCGACGGGGCAGGUCGAUGCGGGGUGGCAGCGGAAGAAGACGGAACAGCAAACCAGCAGUCAGGGCCAGUCCAGAUCAAAGAAGGCCUGUAAAGCGGACCUGUUUGGUUUUGAAGACGUGGCCGCCCAUCAACUAGAUGACGACGACGACCAUCCAGACGGCUCGUCCAAAUACAAAAUCCAAUACUUUGGUUUUGACGACAUGAGCGACAGCGACGGAGCUGUCAAUAGCGACAACGACGACGACGACAGAGGCAGGCCCAAAGCCAGCAGGAAGGUCAAGAUGGCUGAGGAAUCGCUGCGGGUUGCUGCGGAAGACUGGCCGGACCCCGUCAAGAACUGUGACGCUCAAGAGAGACUACCCGCCAAGCAGAGCAAAAAUGACUCCCAGAAGCAGGACAGCAGGAUACGAGCAGAUGUCCUGAACUUCUCAGACGAUGAUCUCAGGGUGGUGGCCGCGGGUCCCAAGAGGCCCCCUCAGGGCAAACCGGCCGACAAGAACCAGGAGUCCCACCGCAGGAUCUUCAGCGCACUAAAGAAGUCUCCCACCAAAGCAGUGUACAACGCCCGACACUGGACAUUGGCGAGCGAAGAGGAGCCCCCUCCGUCCUUCUUGUCCUCCCGCCAGCAGACCACUCCCGCGUCGCGGUCCGAAGGAGCGUCGAGUAACCCGCCAGCAGACGUUCACAAGGAUGACGGCGUCUUCAAGGCCCCGCCUCCUCCCCCCCAGGUCACUAAGUGUGUCACUGUCCCCAGCGACCCCUACCAGGACACGGUCACCGCACUCAAGUGCCGCAAGGAGCACAAGGAGCUGUACACAGUGGUCCAGCACGUGAAGCACUUCAACGACGUGGUGGAGUUUGGCGAGAACCAGGAGUUCACCGAUGACUUUGAGUAUCUGGCUGCUGGGCUGAAGACCGGACAACCGCUGAACACCCGCUGCCUCAGUGUCAUCAGCCUGGCGACACGCUGCGCCAUGCCCAGCUUCAGGAUGCACUUAAGGGCCAGAGGCAAGGUGGCGCAGGUCUUCAAAACCCUCAACGACGCCCCCCAGCAUCACAACCUGGCCAUGUGCACGGCCUCCCUCAUGUACAUCCUCAGCCGGGACCGCUUGAACAUGGACCUGGACCGCUCCUGCCUGGACCUGAUGAUCCGACUGCUGGAAAUGGACCAGGACCAAGGCAGCGGGUCCGUGGCAGACUCCUCCUCCCAGCUGAGCGCCAGGGAGAUCUGCAAGAUCAAGGAGAAGAUCAGGAAGCUGUGCGACACGGUGCACAACAAGCACCUGGACCUGCAGAACAUCACGACGGGUCACCUGGCGAUGGAGACGCUGCUGUCUUUGACCUCCAAGCGAGCAGGAGACUGGUUCAAGGAGGAGCUCCGCCUCUUGGGAGGAUUGGACCACGUUGUGGAUAAAGUGAAGGAGUGUGUGGACAACCUCCACCAGGAGGACGACAAGGACAAGCUGGUGUCGUCCCUGUGGGGAGCUGAGAGGUGUUUACGUGUGCUGGAUAGUGUGACGGUGCACAACCCCGAGAAUCAGAGCUACUUGAUCGCCUACAAAGACUCAUCGCUCAUCAUCUCCUGUGCGAAGGCACUGAGGCGCUGCGAGGAGAUGAUCCGGCGUUACAGCAGGGAGCUCAACACCGACAGCGUGGUGGGCAAGGCUGUGGAGAACUGCAUGAGGGCCAUCAUUGGAGUCCUGCUCAACCUGACGCACGACAAUGAGUGGGGCAGCACCAAAACCGGAGAGCAGGAGGACUUGAUAGUGACGGCGCUCAACUGUGUUCUCUAUGUUCCUCAGUACUUUCCUCAGGAGCAGAGGUUUGACAUCCGUGUUCUGGGUCUGGGCCUGUUGAUCAACCUGGUGGAGUAUAGCGCCAGGAACCGCUACUGCCUGAUGGAGAUGGAAAUGGAGGGAGGUCGGGGUCCCUGCGACUCCACCGUGCUCCUCAACCCGCCGCACCACCAGGACGCCCACAGUGGCGGCGGCCCGCUCAGCGCCAUCGCCGCUUUAGUUCAGCUGUUCCUUCAACGGGAGCGAGCCGCUGUCCUGGCCGAGGCGCAGACCGAUGACCUCAUCAAGGAGGCGCCCAAACCGGCGCUGGACCAGAGCGGAGAAUGGCAGGAGACGGGCGGCGAGAUCCAGUGGGUCGCCAACGACAACCACUGUGACAACGACGCCAAGAAGAAGGAAAAGGAGGAGGAGGAAGAUGGCGAGCUGGACCUCAACAAAGCUCUGCAGCAUGCGGGCAAGCACAUGGAGGACAGCAUCGUGGCCUCGUACACUGCGCUGCUGCUGGGCUGCCUCUGCCAAGGAAGCCCGAUGAAUGUGACUACUGUGAGAGAGAACCUGCCUCAAGGAGAUUUCUCCAUCAUGACAGAAAUGCUGAAGAAGUUCCUCAACUUCAUGAACCUCACAUGUGACGUCGGCACCGCGGGACAGAAGUCCAUCUCCCGGAUCAUCGACUACCUGGAACACUGCUAGACACCUGCCUCUCUCACGUACGCACGCCCACACACACAGUACAGUCAUUAUUUCCACGUUUCUAAACGCAUCUCUGCUCCAAGUGCUGCUUGUAUGAUUGAUGCCCCCCACCCCUCCCCCAUCCUCCAAUGUGAUCGUUUUUUUUUUAUUUUGAAGCCGAUGACGGCGGCUGAGGGUGAAACGUUUUGCGUUCGUACCGCGUGACUUUUACCUCGUCAUUUCACUCUAUUGGUUUUAGUUGCACGUCAGAUGAGUGACACGAGUCCAGCAGGAGCUCCUAAAUGCAUCGCCGCCACGUUCUUCCCCCGUCCUUCCCCGUCCUCCGUUAGGCAAAGUCCGUUGCCGGAGAUGUCCAAGUAUUUGUGUUCUUUAAAAAGGGACAUUCCUUUGAAACACUUGAUGAGAUGAUGUCAUCCUGUCACUAAUCAUGUUGCCAAAGAGGCCGAAUGUUCCAGUCGGACUUAUUCAAAUCAUCUUCAGAGGCUUUCCCAUGUUGGAUUCAUCUUGUGUUCAUACACACACACACACACACACACACACACACGUUUACAAGAGCUUUAUUGAGAGCGUUGAUGAGCUUUGUGUACAUAGUCUAUGUACAUACGU